UUCUCGAAGCCUUAAAAAUGAUUCCAUGGAGGUGGUAGGAGCGUCCGUUCAGCCCGCCGCAUGGGCUUACUUAUUCCGGACCGCGGACGGCGGCGGGCUCUCAGUCUGCAUCAUCAGAGGGGGAACGGGAGGGGCAAGCAGGCCCCGACGCGUGCGUGCACAGUAGCGGCGGUGGUCUCGUGGCAGCAAACCAGAUGGGCAUUGCAUUGCAGCAGGCGGGGUCUAUGCGUUUUGCCUUGACUCCGCUCUUGACAGACUCGUGCGCCUUGUCGGGAUCUGAAACGUUGACUGAGAGCAGGGGGAUAUUUAUAGUCUUCUCUAUGGCCUCAGUUUUGGUCGAGUUGAGUCGAGUCACUUCAGGCCGCCGCUGGUGUUGGGUCUCAGUACUAAACUCCCUCGAUGCACUUUUAGCAACGAGUGACCGUAAUGUUGGACUAGUAUGUACGUCGUGCGAGGUGGGCGUGAGUUGGAGAUAUCUCAGUCGGAGCCUUGGUGGCGUGAGUAGACUGCAUCUCUUUAGAAAUCAGAAGAGACAUGCAUCAGCGAUAAGAAAUAGAUGCUUUCAUACCCGUAGAGUCAGGAUUUUGUGGAUGCAGGUGUUCAUAGAGUAUUAAUUUCCUCCUUGCAAUCGUGUCUCGUCUAGCUCACUA